AUUAAUCUUCAUACAGUUUCUAGAUCUCAAUUUCUUUCUCAUCAUUUUCUUGUGUGUUGUUUCUCUGUUUGCUUUAACAUGGCACUCGUCUUCUCCACCAGGAAUGCAACCCCGCAGACAUACCGCACCUUCAUAGACGCUCUGCGACUCAGACUCACAGCCGGACGUCCCACAUCACAUGGUAUACCGGUGCUGCCACGAAAAGAAGAUGUGAAGGAUGCGCAGCGCUUUCUGCUUGUUGAUCUAACAAACUCUGAAAACAAUACCAUCACGUUGGCAAUCGAUGUGGUGAACGCUUACGUGGUGGGUUAUGCUGCAGGUGGUCGAUCCUACUUUCUUGCAGAAAAUGCUCCUGACGAUCGGCCUCCAAUCCACGUCUUAUUCCCCGGCACCACUCGGGUUCCUACUCUGCGCUUCAACGGCACCUACAGCGGGCUUGCGAGCGGUGCAGAAGAAGUAGUACGACGUCGGCGUGCUGGUAACCGUGACCCACAUAUAGAUGAGAAAACACCUGUUCUUGUGCAAAUCCCUCUGGGACGCUAUCAACUAGAUGAGGCCAUUGGGCUGUUGCGGGCGGCGGUAUCACAACCGGAACAAGCCUUAGGGUUUGUUGUGAUCAUUCAAAUGCUUUCGGAA